AUCCCAGGCACCCCCAUAAAGGCAGCGAAGCCCCAUCAAAGGCAGUCCAGCCCACAGUUGGGCCAUCACCACCGCCAGAGAGAGAGAUCGUGGCAAGCCCAGGUGAGCUCAUCCCCAAUUCACCGUAGAUCACCGUGGCAUCAUUUAUACAGUCCACUAAUCCGCAUCCCUUGUAUCUUUAAAGAGAACAUGGCGAUGAUUUUUAAGCCAACGUGGGAGGAAUUUAAAGACUUCCCUAAAUUCCUCCAGUACAUGGAGUCCCAAGGGGCUCACAAAGCGGGCCUAGCUAAGAUCGUGCCUCCAGUUGAAUGGGUUACACGCAAGGCGGGGUACGACAUCAAUAAAAUGAAAAUUAAAAUUCCGGCGCCAAUAAGGCAAGUCGUCGCUGGAAAGAAUGGAUUGUACCAGCAGAUAAACAUUCCGGAGCGCUCAAUGACAAUUCAGCAAUUUGCGGAGAUGUCCAAACAGGAGGCCUACCGUACGCCGGCACAUAACAGUUUUGACGAUUUGGAGCAAAAGUAUUGGAAAAACAUUAAGACGGUGGUCCCAAUUUACGGGGCAGACGUGAGUGGGACGCUGUUUGAUCCGGAAAUGAAGGAGUGGAAUAUUAGUAAGUUAGGGACGAUCUUGGAUCUCGUCAAUGAAGAUUACGGGAUCCAAUUUGAGGGCGUCAAUACGUCUUAUUUGUACUUUGGCAUGUGGAAGACGACGUUUGUGUGGCACACCGAAGAUAUGGAUUUAUAUUCAAUAAAUUAUAUCCAUUUUGGUGCCCCAAAAACAUGGUACGCCGUCCCACCGGCCAUGGGGAGGAGAAUGGAGGAAAUGGCCAAUUCCUACUUCAAGGCCAGUCACAGCAACUGCAAUGCCUACCUCAGGCACAAAACAACACUCAUUGAUCCGCAAAUACUGAAGGAGCACAACAUUCCAUACAAUAAGAUAACACAAGAAGCGGGGGAGAUCAUAAUAACAUUUCCCUUUGGUUACCAUUCGGGCUUUAAUCAUGGCUUCAAUUGUGCCGAAGCCACAAAUUUCGCUUUGCCGCGAUGGAUUGAGUACGGCAAGAGAGCAAGUCAGUGCUUUUGCACCAAUGACAUGGUUCAAAUUUCCAUGGAUACCUUCGUGAAGCGUUUCCAACCGGAACGUUAUGAGGCAUGGCUCAUGGGGAAUGAUAUGGGUGUCCAUCCCGAAGGCCCAGCGAAUGUCAUCUUACCGGCAAAUCCUCCAUCUGAGCAGGAUUUGCUCUGCAAUAAAAAAAAGUCCUUCAAGGACCGCAAUCCGGAUCUGGAUAUGGAGGAUAUUCAGAAAAAUCCUCAUAUCCCGGAAGAGGUGAAAACCACCCUAACGGAGGCAUUGACAAUUAAGAAUCCCGAUGAGGAACGUUACGAAUCAGAAGAUGGCGAAGAAAUCCGGAAGAAGAGGCCAAAAAAAAGGCGCCGGAGUGGAGUCCCAGGGCAACCACGACAAAAAAAGCCCAAAAAAGGAUAAUUUUUGGUUUGUUUAUGUGAUGUAAUUUAAUUUGUGAGCAGUAUUAUUAGGCAAAAUUGUUUUUUUUUUUUGUAAAAUUCAGUAACUUGAUGGAUAAAAAUG